CCUUUGUCCUGUUGCCCUUCGUUUUGUUUCGAGUGUUGAUCAACUCGCAACGAGUAGUUUUUUCUCUUAAGUAAACGAAAAAUAUUUUAAAAAGUAUGGAUAAUAAAUGUCGUCCAUAUUUGGCUGUAUUUCCCAAGGACGAAUUGCCAGUGCUAAUAAAAAAUGCUAAAGAUUUUACAAGUGAUCUUGAGCCACUGCUGCACAUUAUGCCAAAGGCAUUUGCCAAUCAUAGGACCGACAAAUUGCAGCACAAGAUCUGCCAACGAAAGUGCGCAGAGAACAAAAAGUGUACCAAAAAAUGCAUGGAGCAAAAGGAGGGACGUAAAAAAGAAGUAGUAUUGGUGGACAAGGUUGAGUCGAAGUUGGCUCCAAUAAUAAGAUCGCUCGAGCGUGGAGAGGACCCGGACACAAUUGUAAUGGUCGAGUAUCGAGAAUUCGCUUGCUCUGGCAUUGUGCUGGGCAGUUACUCGGUGUUCUUCAGAAAAUUUCGGGGUCACACUAUGAUCGACUUGCGCCGUGGCCCGAUGACGGCCGACACGUUUGAGCAGAUAUACAAGUGGAUGGUCAAGCCGUAUUAUAAAUUUCAGCCAAGUGAUGUGGUGCGCGUUAUACGCGCUGCCAGCUUUUUGGAGAUCACGGAACUGCUGAAUGAGUGCUACGGCAUGCUCGACAGCGAUCUCUUUCGGGAUUUUUGGGCCAUUGACAUCAUGAACAAAUCACGGCAUUUUAAUGAGCUAUUUCAGAUCAAUCAGGCAAUGGCUUUUCGCAUAUCGACGUCAACGCUGAUUCUGCUUUGCAGCCAGGAGUUUCUGAACUUCAACGAGAUGCAGAUCUGUGCACUGCUUAGUUCCAGCUCGUUGGCAGUCAACGCAGAAAGUGAGCUGCUUUUCGGUGUUUUGCACUGGCUAAACGUAGACUGGCCCGCUCGAAAGCACUGCGUGUUGAGUGUGCUCAAGAAUAUCCGCUUUGCUUAUUUGUCACCUAAGAUCCUUUGUAGUUUCAAUGCCGGCCCAAUCGGUCCGUUCGGCCAAGUACUGGAUGAAUUCAUGAGCCUGCCGGAAAGUAAACAGCUAAUCGAGGAUGGCAUCUUCUACAGCGCCUUGGUCAUCACACUGAGUGGUGAUACCAGCAAGCUUCACGACUUGCCCGAAGCCAAAAAGGAGCUGAUGUUGCCACGCCGCUGGGUCCAAGAUAGCCGCUGCCUGUACCAUCGACCAGUAACCAAACAAUGCCCAAAUAUGCGCUCAAUUAGCUAUGAGGAAUUCGCCGCUUACUCUGAGACACUCCAGGAAAGUGAUAUUGAAUACGAGCGACAUUUUAUAUAUCCAAAUGAUGACGAUCUCAGUGAAUCUUCUUCCACAAAAUCGUCUAAGUUAUCCGAAGCAGAAAAGAUCAGUCAAUGCAAGGUGUCCAAACCUGUAUGGAGCACUGAAUCCUUAUCGCAUUGGGUCCGUUCCCAAUGCGCUCCAGAAUACCAAAUGGAAGACAUUUUGAUUUCUUCAAUCAGCUCAGGCGCUGACGCUAUCUUUAGUCCCAAAAUCCAGGCCCAAGCAGAGGAAGCAUCUGCACACUGGCAAGAGGCUCUAAAAGAUUUUAAGCCCUCGGAAAUCUGGCAGGAAUGGGAGACAACUUUAAUGGAUGAAAACAUCUAA